AUUGCCUACAAAUCCAAUGCAAACGCUGAGCGGAGGCCAGAGAGUGCGGGUCGCGUUGGCAACUGCGUUCAUCCGACCGCCACAUAUACUGAUACUGGAUGAGGUGACGAAUCAUCUGGAUAUAGAGACCAUACAGGUGCGCUAUGGGCUCAGAAAAGCCAAAUAUUUGUUAGCGCUAUAG